CUUUUUUGUUCAACAGAGAAGGACAAAUCUGAUUUUGAAACAAAUUUUGUUAAAUUAUUUAGUAAAAUUAAGCGUGUGGUGGGAGGUGGUGAUACAGCAAACUGGGUUGUUAUCACAGUGAUAUGCAUAACAUUGAUGACAUCGAUGAUGGGCGUUUGACACUCUUAAGUAAUACUGGAUGAACACUUACGCAGGCAUCGCCAUCAGACCGAGCAGCGUUAAAUAAUCAGCCAAUGAACGCGUGGUGGCCCGUCGGUAUAAAACCUGUGACAGCCCGCGCAGCUCGCCGAACUGUGAAUGAGUUGCACACGGCCACUGUCGGGCGCGCGGAUGGCUCGGCAGCUUUGCGCUGACUGUCAUGCAUAAUUGAUUGUUGACGAAGGAAAGCGGCUGCAACACCAUGCAGUCCUCUUUAUUGUCCGUGGCUCACUCUCCCGGGAUACCUACGGCUGUUUCAUUCAUUUGGAAAUCAGGAAAUCCGCAGUCGUCCAACUGGACGGGGCUGGAGAGAGAAAACGCGUCUAGUGUCGGCGACUUGAACACGUUUGAUAACCGGCGAGCACAGUAUGGCCAGUUCACUCCAACCACCUCAAUAUUUCUUUCUGUUCUCAUGACACUGCUGGUGUUUGCCACGGUUCUCGGGAACGCGCUUGUCAUUUUAGCUUUUGUAGUCGAGAAAAGUUUACGCACACAAGGCAACUUUUUCUUUUUAAAUUUGGCCAUAGCGGACUUUCUCGUCGGCGGGUUUUGCAUCCCCGUGUAUAUCCCCUAUGUCCUGACGGGUGAGUGGAGGCUGGGCAGAGGGCUGUGUAAACUGUGGCUGGUAGUGGAUUAUAUGCUAUGCACUGCCUCUGUCUUCAACAUCGUGCUCAUCAGUUUCGACAGGUUUCAGUCCGUCACUAAAGCGGUGAGUUACCGUUGCCAGAAGGGGAUCACCAGAGAGGCUGUUUUGAAGAUGCUCUGCGUGUGGCUGGCAGCGUUCCUUCUUUAUGGUCCAGCUAUUAUCAGUUGGGAACACAUCGUAGGAGGAAGUGUAGUACCAGAUGGAGAGUGCUAUGCCGAAUUUUACUUCAACUGGUAUUUUCUGAUGACCGCUUCAACUGUUGAGUUCUUCACACCUUUCAUAAGUGUCACUUAUUUCAACCUCAGCAUUUACGUCAACAUCCGCAACAGAUGUGCAGUCAGAGAAGAACAGCUGACUUACAUUCGGCUUAGGAGCUUCAAGAUGAGGCCGCUCAGAGCCGGCGAUGUACAGCGCGUGUUUUUUGUGAGGCCCGUAGAGGAAAGAGGGGUCGCAAAUUUGUCCUCGAGGUCACGGUGCUGUCGGUUAGCUUCCACUGCAAAGGUGUCCACCACCGAGUUCGGCAAUGGCAGACAGACAAAACGAAGAGACAGCACUAUUGCAGAUUUGCCUCCUCUGCAGGUCGGAGAGCGACUCCUGUCAUCUAGUGAGGCACAGUUUCAUUACGUAGAUCAUUCAGCUGGAUCACACAGACACCGUCCUGAUACGGUUGCCAGUCUGGCCAGCCGCUUUCGCUUAUCUAGAGAUAAAAAGGUGGCAAAGUCCCUAGCUGUAAUAGUUUGUGUUUUUGGACUCUGUUGGGCACCCUACACGCUGUUGAUGAUCAUUCGGGCAGCAUGUCACGGUCAGUGUGUCCAGCACUACCUUUAUGAGAUCUCGUUCUGGCUGCUGUGGAUAAACUCAUCCAUCAAUCCAAUCCUGUAUCCUCUGUGCCACAGCAGCUUUAAAAGAGCCUUCAGCAAAUUACUGUGUCUGAGCAAAACAAAAAUACAGCCUCAGAACAUUGACCAGAAGUAUUAAAUUUAUGAGGAUGACCACAUUUCCAAAUGGGUCCCAGUUUAAUGUGCUUGUAUCUAGCAGUACUGAACAGUAGCACAACAUUUUCUUUGUCUACAUUGUAUUUUAAAAGACAGACCUUUUAUCCACUUAUUCAAAUUUACAUUUUUGUAUGAAAUCGUGGCAUAGCCAUAUUUCCUCCAAAUUCAAUGAUGUAUUAUUUAUUUAUUUAUGUACAAAUGUGUCUAGCGCAGUGCCAUGUUUGCCUUUGUAAGUAAUUAAAAAAAAAAAAAAAAAAUCA